AUGAAAGAGUACGAGGAGGUCGAGGAUGCCUGGGGCGAAUGUUCAGUGGUAUUCCGUCAAAACAUUGCCAGUUACCUAGCUGCGGAGAGCAGGCAACGUCCAGCAGUUCAAGAGGCCCCAGAUGCAGGCGAAAACGUAGUCAGGCUGGAAAGGAUUAAAAUACCCAGCUACAGCGGCGACUUCACUCAGUGGGCAGCAUUCCAUGACUUAUUCAAGGUCAUGGUGCACGACAACAAACAUUUAAGUGGUGUACAAAAGCUUCAGUAUCUUCGUGUGUCGGUCAACGGUGAGGCAGAACAAUUGAUACGCCACCUCACUUUAACAGAGACUAAUUAUGCGCCAGCAUGGAAUUUACUGAAGGAGCGAUACAACAAUAAGAGGGCCAUCGGGAAUGCCUACAUGAAAGGCAUAUGGAGUUUACCGACUAGCACUCCGGCUAGUGCAAUAGGUAUCAAGCGAAUAUUGGACACGACCGAACAAUUCCGUGCCAAUACUGAAUCAUUGGGAGCAGAUUUAGUCGACCUAAUCAUGGUGUUCAUCCUGCAACAAAAAUUGGACAAUGAAAGUAAUUCGGAAUGGCAGAAAUUUAUUGGUUCUUCGAACGAGAUACCAACUUUGAAUCAAUUCACGAGCUUCUUGCAUCAACGGUUCACAAUACUGGAAGCAGUACAGCUUACCGAACGCAAGACGGUGAAAGUAGGGGCACACCAGCACAAGCAACGGGAGCCGUCUGCCGAGUAUGCCAGGGCGAUCAUCGAAUUUCGCAAUGCGACACAUUUCUGA